CCGGGAAUCAAUCACUCAACAUUUACAGAUGGAGAAGAAAGCAAGAUUGAGUUCAGCCUUCUUCUUAUGUCUUUUGACUCUUCUUCCAGUUGCAGAAGUGUACAAUGGCGAGAAGAUUGAGGUAUCAUCAUCAUCCCCUACAAAGCUGUUCGUUUUCGGAGAUUCCUAUGCUGAUACAGGCAACAGCCCAGAUACCGACGACUGUUGGAAGGAACCUUACGGCACCACUUUUCCCGGUAGACCUGCCGGCAGAUUCUCCGACGGCCGCGUUCUUACUGAUUUCAUAGCUCAAUAUAUGGGAAUCAAAUCUCCAGUGCCCUAUAGAAGAUGGCAAUUUGGUGAUACAGAUUUACACAAAAAUGGGCUAAAUUUUGCCUAUGGAGGGACGGGCGUUUUCACCACACACCUUGGAGGGCCGAAUAUGACCACUCAAAUAGAUUCUUUCCAACAACUCAUUGAACAAAAUGUCUACACUAAACAUGAACUUCAGACCACUUCUGUUGCUCAUGUCUCCGCGGCCGGGAACGACUAUUCCAAUUUUGGCUCUCAAAAGGACUUAACGUCAUUUAUCAAAUCAAUUGUAAGCCAACUGGUGUUGAAUCUGAAACGCAUAUAUGAACUGGGAGUUAUGAAAAUAAGUGUGGUUGCUGUGCCACCAUAUGGAUGCUUGCCCAACGUUAAUUCACCGAAUGUCUCUAUUGACACAAUCAAUUCAAUUUCGAGGCUUCAUAAUGAAUUGCUAAAGAAAGCUGUGGAGAAACUUAACAAUGAACUUGUUGGUGAUCAACCCAUCUUUGUGAUUCUUGAUCUCUACUCUGCAUUCAUGUCUGCCUUAAACACUCAAGAUAAUCGCACAGGUAAAUCACAAUUUGAGAAUAUGUCUGAAGCAUGCUGUAGAGGCACAACAAGUGAAUAUCGGUGUGGGCACGUUGAUGAAGAUGGAACAAAAAGAUAUGUCGUGUGUAAAGAUCCAAAACGGGCAUUCUUUUGGGAUGGAAUUCAUCCUACUCAACAGGGAUGGAUUUCUGCCUUUUCAAACUUGACAUCUUCCCUCCGCACUCUCCUCGUCUCUCAUGGCCGAUCAUUGCAUGCGGUUUUUUAAGUGUCACUUUUGGACAUGCUUCACCAUUCAGAAAACUUUUCUAAUAAUAUGAUGAGUUCAUAACUCUAUAUAGAGUGAGAAGUAUGAUAUGUGUGGUUUUGGUUUCUCCUUAUUUGAAAUGCAAUUUUCACCUAUAUAUCUAGUGAUUUUCACCUCGUGCAUUAAGCAAACAAUACUACAACAUGAGUAGACAUAUGAAACCGGAGUUUUAAAAAACAGGGAAUAUUCCCUCAAAAAAAAU